AGAAUUCAAAAUUCCAAAGACAGUUUAAGCAUUUUUAAAUACAAAUGCGUAAUUAAUCACAUAAAAAACAUGUUAGACAUUUUACCGUGCCACCUAUUGGUCGAAACUUAUGCUAUAAUGUGUAGUAAAUAAAUCAAAAUUUCCGCAAAAAUUGCUAUAAGUGCACCCAGAAAAAACCUUAAACAAUUCGAGAGUAAAAUCAACAAACAAAAACCACUUAACUCAGAAAUAUUUUAAAAAAUAUUACAGAUGAAAAUAGACAACAGAGAGAUUAAUGAUUAAUGGACUAAAUCUAGGCAAACAGCAGAUGAAUCACAAAAAAAAAGAAGGGGGGGGGGACAGGCUAUUUUUAAUUAAAUAGUUUCCUUUAAAUAAAUUUUUAAUAAAUCUUAAACUAGCAAACUUAAUGAAUAUUAAAGCAAAGGCAAAUUAAAAUUCUUUAACUACUCUAAUGAAUUAUAUUAUUUCACUUAGGCUUGCAACAUUAGCGAGAAAAAAGAAGAAGCUGGGGUUGACACAGAACCCUCUGCCUGCUGGUGAUGGUCCUGCAACACCAACCUUGCCAGAGAGCCCAGGCGGUGAAAGUUCGGUCCCCACAGUGCCAGAUGUAACCACCAUGGCGUCUUCAGUGGCGGCGUGUACAUCACGCAACACUGAUGACAGUACACAUACUCUGUCCGAUGACUAUCAAGGGAAUGAUGACCUUCCUCCGCUGAUAGUGGUUUACGAGCCUCCAUUGCCACAGACAGAUCCGGGACUCAGUAUGUUAGAGGGUCGAAUGAUGGUUGACGUUCGUCACUUCAUGGUGCAAUGCCGUCUUCUGGAGAGACACAGGUGUCCCAUUUCAUCUUCAGGAACAUAUUUUCUGGAAAGUGUCAACAGGUACGGUCUGCUGACAAAUUUUAAAUUUAAGUGCACUCACUGCAAUCAAGAGCAGCAGUUCAAAUCUGAGCCUGUGGAAUGCCUUCCAGUGGGAAGAAAAAGAAAAUGCAAAAUCGAUACCAACUUAGAUAUCAACGAUAAGAUUGUUUGGGGCGCAAUUUCGGUUGGUCUAGGCUACGGACCAUUGUAUGAACUAUUGUCACUAAUUGAUAUGCAUCCUAUGAGCCCGGGUUGCUUUUCUUAUCACGAGAACAGAAUCGGAGAGCACUGGAAGGCAAUGUUGCAGAAGGAAAUGGAAGAUGCUGCACUGGAAGAGUUCUCUAUGGCGAAAGAUGAUGGACGCAUCUGUAUGGUUGGAAAUGAGGAAUAUGCUUGGACCAUAGGAAUUUUGGAUGGAGGUUGGAGCCAAAGAUCCUAUGGUCAUAGGUAUUCUGCUAAGUCUGGAUGUGCUAUAAUAAUUGGCUUCUACACUAAGAAAUUGUUAUUCCUUGGUGUGAGAAACAAAUAUUGUACCGCAUGCAUUCGGAGCGAACGGAUGGAAAAGGAACCUACGCCUCACCUGUGUUUCCGGAACUGGACUGAUUCUUCCACUGCAAUGGAGGCAGACAUUAUAGUGGAAGGUUUCCGGUUCUGUGAAGCCAAGUACAAACUUCAAUUUAAGAAGUUUGUUGGUGAUGGGGAUUCAAGUGUGCAUGCAGCCAUAGUUGCAAAUGUUUCGUACGGAAGAGAUGUUGAAAAGAUUGAAUGUGCUAACCAUGUCGUGAAGAAUCUCAAAAAGAAUCUUUAUGCCAUAGCCAAGGGCAUCCAUAUGCGGCAUCUCAGCCAGUCGAAAAUCAAAGCCCUCUGUCGCUGUGCAAGAGGUUGUAUCAGCAACUGUGGGGGUGAUGCUAUGCUACUUCAAUCAACACUUCUAAAUGUGCCCAACCAUGUGUUUGGAGACCAUAAGUUAUGCAAUUUAGAUGUGUGUGAGAGAGCUGGUAAAACAGCAAAUCCCUGCAGUUAUGACGCAUUGCCUCGUGAAUUGAUUGUGGGAAUCAAACAAGCUUUUGACCGAGUGAGAGCAAAGUCACAAGCACUUGUAAUGGAUCUCACAACCAACCAAGCAGAAAUGUACAUGUCAUUAGUUGCAAGGAUGGCUGGCGGUAAGCAGAUAAACCGUUCACAGCAGGGGUCUUACAGCCGUAGGGCUACUGCUGCUGGUUUGUCUUUCCAACUUCGCUACAAAUGGCAUGGACAAACUAUGAAGGCGAUCACAGGUCACAGCCCUGGAGUGACUGUGAAGCGAUUAAUGGCAAAAAGACAGAAACAGCAGGCGAACUGUAGGCGAAGGUUGGAUAUGAAUCCGCAUGUACCACGGAAAUCGUAAUCAUUUAAACCACAGGGUGAUAAGAGCUAUGGUCCUCAUGCAACUCAGCCUCCAGCUUCUGGUCUUGAACUAGAAAUUCUGACUGAGUCUGUGAUGAGAAGCAUAGAGCUUACAGUGCAAGAAA